ACAUUUACGUCAAAAUCAGUCGCAGAAGUUGACUUUUGACGUCUGGGAAAUAAUUUGUGUAAUCUCGAUGCCCUCGGCAAAUUCAUUAAAUCUAACAAUGAGAAUGAUAUAUCUCGAGGGAAAGAGAACUGUGUGUGUUCUCCAUUUCCAGCUUUUUUAUUUUGUGCAGAAAAUGAAUCACAUGGCAUUUGGGCUUAUCCUGAUCUGUUGCCUUACUCGGGCAAUUGAAACGAACGGUUAUCACGUGUUCGCAAAACGUACCAUGUUUGAGGAGUUUCUCGAAAAAUUUAAGAUCAUAUUAAAGACCGGAAAUGAAUCGCUCGGAAUUCCGGUUCUUGAUCCAUUCACUGCGAAGCAAAUGCCGAUCAAAUUAUACGAGCAAAUAAUAAACCUGAAUGCGCUUUUGACAAACGUCAACGUGGAUGGUUUAUCCGAGUACAAAGUCAUCGAGGGUGAUUUCCAAGUAAUUGGUAUGAAACUCAACAUAAAUCUCUCCUGGCCUUUAAUAACCGCGAGUACCGAUUAUACAAUGAAAGGAAACGCUGAUUCUUAUGAAUUUUACGGAAACGGUGAGAUAGACCUGUCCGCGCGAGAUUUCGUUUUGGAGACGGAAAUUGGUUUCACAGUGAAUGGAGAACAUUUCAAAGUGAGAAAUAUGAAAUUGAAGCUUUCUCUGAGAGCCCUAGAUUUUCGCGUCACAGGUUUGUUCGACGAUGAAGAAUUGUCUAAUGUAUUGAGUGCUGUGAUAUCCGAUACAGCACCUGAAUUCUUCAAAGAUGCCACGAUUAUGGAAAGACUUAGACAUCUAACGACAGAAAAAAUCGACGCUUUUCUCUCCACUAAGAUGAUCGGAGAAUUAUUGGAAUUUUUGGGUGUGUUGGAUUGAUAGCGUCAUGUUUCGCAUUUAAUUUAAAUUAAAAAUUGAAUUACAUAAAUUAAAUAACAAUUAGUUUUAAGAAAUUAAGUUCGAUCGCUUCAAUUCUUCGAAAUGAAUCAUAGCCAGCAUAAU